AUGAAGUGGCCCCUCGCAGGCCUCACCUCCAUCCACGCAACCCUCACCCUCGCAGCAGGGAACGGUCCCUACGAUGCCGCCCACACAACAGACCCAACCCUCCCAAACCACACCCUCUACCUACCCAAAGACCCCCCUCGCAAUACCACUCUCCCAAUCUUAAUAUGGGGCAACGGCGCCUGCUCCGCCAACGGCACACUCUUCGGAAACAUGCUCACGAACAUUGCAUCAUACGGGUUCCUCGCCAUUGCAUCGGGCGCACCGAACGGGCACGGGACAACGACCGUGCAGCUCAUGAAAGACGCGCUGGAUUGGGUUGAGAAAGCUACAAACAAGACAAGUAGAUAUGCGAACGUCCCAAUCGACACGAGCAGCAUCGCCGUCGCGGGACAGAGUUGCGGGGGUCUAGAGGCGUACCAGAUGCGCGAUGACGAGCGCGUGAAGUACCUCGGCAUCUUCAACUCUGGGUUUCUGGACCUGGGAUUCUUCGGGGAGUUACUGGGGAUGCCGAGUGAGGAUCCCGUGACGAUCAAGGGGGUGAAGAAGCCGGUUUUCUACUUUCUGGGUGGGGAGCGGGAUAUUGCGUAUAAGAAUGGCAUGGCCGACUACGCCGCUCUUACUGGCGUUCCAAAGUGGGUUGGGAACUACCCCGUCGGGCACAUGGGGACGUAUGCUGAGCCCGAGGGCGGUGCAUUUGGCGUUGCGGCUGUCAAUUGGCUGAAGUGGGUGCUUAAGGGUGAUACAAGCCAGGAGGAGUGGUUUGUUGGUGGUGGUGCACAGGAGGCUGGGUGGGAGGAGGUGGAUAGUGAGGGCUUGGAGGAUCUGUUGACCUUCUCUGGACCCUGA